UUGCCAUUAGCAGCAUUUUUACAACAUGCAAUCGAUAAAACCAAAUGAAUUGCCACAAAAUCCAUAUGAACGUGUUAAUAUAUUUUCCCGAUUAUGUUUUUGGUACACAUUACCAAUAUUUUUCAAGGGCAGGAAAAAAACACUAGACACAAAGGAUUUAUAUCGGGCAUUAAAUGAGCACAAAUCAGAAACUCUUGGCAAUUACAUGUGCCAGUCAUGGGACAAAGAAUUGGAAAAUACAUUAAAUUCCAAAAAACAACCCAGUCUAUUACGAGCCUCAAUGCGUGUGUUUGGUUGGCGAUUUGCUUUAUUGGGCCUGAUAUUAUUUCUACUCGAAUUGGGUUUAAGAACCCUACAACCGUUGUUCCUAUUGGGCUUGAUAGCGUAUUAUUCGAAUCAAGAAUGUAAUAUAGAAACGGCAUAUCUUUAUGCAGCUGGCGUUAUAUUGUGCUCGGCUUUAAAUGUGAUUAUAAUGCAUCCUUAUAUGCUGGGAACAAUGCAUACGGGCAUGAAGGUACGGGUGGCCAUGUGUAGUAUGAUCUAUCGUAAGGCUUUGCGUUUAAGCAAAACUGCUUUGGGUAAUACCACUGCUGGUCAAGUGGUGAAUUUAAUAUCGAAUGAUGUGGGUCGCUUAGAUUUGGCAAUGAUAUUCAUACACUAUCUAUGGGUGGGUCCAGUGGAGACAAUGUUUAUUACAUACUUAAUGUAUAGAGAGAUUGGUAUCUCUGCUGUCUUUGGUGUAGCAUUUAUGCUGAUGUUCAUACCACUUCAAGGUUGGCUGGGCAAAAAGACGUCAGUGUUACGUUUGCGCACAGCUUUGCGCACCGAUGAACGUGUGCGCAUGAUGAACGAGAUUGUAUCUGGCAUUCAGGUUAUAAAAAUGUAUGCUUGGGAAAUACCUUUUGGAAAAAUAGUGGCACAUGCUCGCAAAAAAGAAAUCAAUGCCAUUAGACAAGUAUCCUACAUACGUGGUAUACUAUUGUCCUUCAUAAUGUUUCUAACACGCGUCUCGAUCUUUCUAAGUUUAGUGGGUUAUGUGGUACUAAAUCAUUUCCUAACACCGGAAAAAGCCUUUGUUAUAACAGCCUAUUAUAAUAUCUUAAGAACUACCAUGACAGUAUUCUUUCCUCAGGGCAUUUCCCAACUGGCCGAGUCUUUGGUAUCCAUUAAACGUAUUCAAAAUUAUAUGAUGUACGAAGAGACCGAUAUUGUAGACAAGUCAGCCGUCGAUCUUAAGCCCAACUAUGAUGGCAGUAACCAGUCAACUAUGGUUAAAGACGACGAUAAGGUUUUAGAUGAAAAUCUGGAAAAUGAAGACGCUGAAAAGGAACCUUUAAUUUCGAAUGGUCAUGCUACACUUUCGGAAGCUGGCAUUAUCAUUAGUAAUGUUAAGGCGAAAUGGGAUCCAAAAUCAACGGAAUAUACAUUGGAUGAUGUUAAUUUGCGUGUGCAACCUGGUACUUUGGUGGCAAUUAUUGGUCCUGUAGGUGCUGGAAAAUCUAGCCUUAUCCAAAGUAUUCUGGGUGAAUUGCGGCCCGAGUCGGGAACGAUUAAAACUAAUGGAACAGUUUCAUAUGCAUCACAAGAACCAUGGCUAUUCACCGGCACAGUGCGACAAAAUAUACUGUUUGGCCGACCUAUGGAUAAGAAACGUUACCAUCAUGUUGUUAAAAAAUGUGCUUUAGAACGAGAUUUUGAGAUUUUACCCUACAGUGAUAAAACGGUGGUGGGUGAACGUGGUGCCUCCUUAUCUGGAGGACAAAGAGCACGUAUAAGUUUAGCUAGAGCAGUUUAUCGCAAAACGUCCAUAUAUUUAUUAGACGACCCCUUAAGUGCCGUAGACACACACGUAGGUCGUCAUCUAUUCGAUCAAUGUAUGCGUGGUUUUCUACGGGAUCAUAUUGUGGUGCUAGUGACACAUCAACUGCAAUUCCUGCAAGCGGCCGAUCAAAUUGUGAUUAUGGACAAGGGGCGUGUUAGUGCGGUUGGUUCGUAUGAGUCUUUGAGAGAAAGUGGUUUGGAUUUUGCUCAAAUGUUGGCGGAUCCUGAAAAGGAUGAUUCCAUGGAAGUAAAGUCUCGUUCACGUUCGGGCAGUCGUAUGUUUGAUCGUCAAAAUAGUGAAGUAUCCAUUAAUUCGGCAGCCGAUUCAACGGUCGAAGAUAACGCCAUGCAAGUGCAGGAGAGCCAAGUAGAAGGCAAAAUUGGUUUGGAUUUGUAUAAGAAAUAUUUCAAAGCUGGAGGUGGUUUUUUUAUGUUCAUUGUGAUGCUGGUAUUUUGUAUAUUGUCACAAGGUUUGGCUUCAUGUGGUGAUUAUUUCUUAUCAUAUUGGGUAAAUAAAAAAGGAACUAUCGAAGCCGAACGCAUUGAGCAAGCUGCCAAACAUGUUAAUAACACAUCAUACGACGAAACCGAUGAAGUUUAUGAAUCAGCGUCAUCACAUCAACUGGAGUCUAAACUUUCCGGGUUUUUGGAGCAAUAUAAUAUUCACGUAGAUCCCGAAAUGCUUGACAUUUACAUAUUCACCAUCAUAACUGUGGCUACUAUUAUAAUAACUGUGACGAGAAGUUUCCUAUUCUUCAAUGUGGCCAUGAAGGCUUCACAGAAUCUACACAAUUCUAUGUUUAGAGGCAUAACACGAGCUUCCAUGUACUUUUUCAACACAAAUCCCUCCGGUCGUAUACUUAAUCGUUUUUCAAAGGAUAUGGGUCAAAUAGAUGAAAUACUGCCAGCUGUAAUGAUAGAUGUUUUACAGAUUUUCCUCUCACUACUAGGCAUAGUUAUUGUUAUAGCUGUUGUUAAUCCAUUGUAUCUGGUGCCCACCUUUAUUUUGGCCAUUGUUUUCUAUAAUCUAAGAAUAUUUUAUUUGAAAACGUCGAGAAACGUUAAACGUUUGGAAGCGAUAACACGUUCUCCAAUAUAUUCCCACCUGGCUGCUUCCUUAACUGGUCUGUCCACAAUUCGAGUCUUCGGAGCUCAGCGCGUUUUAAUAGCUGAAUUCGAUAAUCAUCAGGAUUUACAUAGUUCUGCUUUUUAUUUGUUUAUAUGCACUUCGCGUGCCUUUGGCUACUGGCUUGAUUGUUUCUGCGUCAUUUUCAUAGCCAUUAUAACAUUGAGUUUCUUUGUAUUUGCCCCAGAAAAUGGAGGUGAUGUGGGCUUGGCCAUCACACAGGCCAUGGGUAUGACGGGAAUGGUUCAGUGGGGCAUGCGACAGUCUGCCGAAUUAGAAAACACCAUGACUGCUGUGGAACGUGUAGUAGACUAUGAUGACAUAGAACCAGAGGGUGAAUUAGAGUCUAAGGAGGACAAAAAACCACCAAAAUCCUGGCCAGAAGAGGGUAAAAUAAUAUUCGAUGAACUUAGUUUACGUUAUUUCCCCGAUCCCAAAUCAGAAUAUGUAUUGAAAUCGUUAAAUAUCGUAAUAAAAUCAUGUGAAAAAGUUGGCAUUGUUGGACGUACUGGUGCUGGUAAAUCAUCGCUAAUUAAUGCCCUUUUCCGUCUGUCCUUCAAUGAUGGUAGUAUUAUAAUUGAUGCUCGUGAUACUAAUGAAAUGGGUCUACAUGAUUUACGUAGUAAAAUCUCAAUUAUUCCCCAAGAGCCGGUGUUGUUUUCGGGAACCAUGCGCUAUAAUUUGGAUCCAUUUGAAGAGUAUUCCGAUGCUAAAUUAUGGGAAGCAUUAGAAGAGGUCAAGUUAAAAGAAGUCGUAUCUGAAUUGCCAAAUGGCCUACAAAGCAAAAUCUCUGAAGGUGGUACUAAUUUCAGUGUGGGCCAAAGACAACUUGUUUGCUUGGCACGGGCCAUUUUACGUGAAAAUCGUAUACUGGUCAUGGAUGAAGCUACAGCCAAUGUCGAUCCCCAGACCGACGGCUUGAUACAGACAACAAUACGCAAUAAAUUCAAAAAUUGUACCGUACUCACCAUUGCCCACCGUUUGCACACAGUCAUGGACUCGGAUAAAGUGCUAGUAAUGGAUGCCGGACAAGUGGUAGAAUUUGGUUCUCCGUUCGAGCUGUUAACCGAAAGUGAAAAGAGAAUAUUCCAAAGUAUGGUUAAGCAGACAGGCAAAUCAACAUAUGAAAACUUGUUUAAAGUUGCACAAAAGGCCCAUGAGGACUCUUUAAAACACAAAAUGGAGUAGUUAUUUUUCGUUUUCGAUAAAAGUAAAAACAAAUCCACAAUAGCUUAAGUACAAUUUUCUUU